GAUUCUUGAGGCUACCACGGCCAUAACAGCAAAUCCUUCCCUUUCAAAAAGGCCACUCAAAGUAUUGCAAGAUCCAAUAGACUAGAGCUCUGCAAUAAUGUCGACACUCUCCGCGGCACAAGGGCCGGCCCCUUCGCCCACGUCGUCGCCCUCCACCUUAAUCGAUCCCGUGCCCCUCUCAAUGCCCUCGAUCCUCGUCAACCCCAGGUCAAGCAACUCAGCAUCCCACACUCUGGCCAAUCGUGCCAUCAAGCCUCCUCCUUCCGCUUCAUCCACGUCCUCCUCACACCGUCACAUCGGCCGGCGCAAGCUUCUACGCCGCAUCAAUUCAGCCCCUUCGUCGCACAACCCGCACGCCGUCGCCCGCCCACGAGCUGCAGACUACCUACCCUCACACUCUGGUCAAGAGAGAUACCGUGGUACAUUUCCCUCGCCUACGCCGCACUAUUUGCGCGAGGUGGGUAAGCAGGGAGAGAUCCGUGAUGCAAGGCAGGCUAGGGACUUGAGGGUCGAGUGGGAGCAGGGGCAGGAAGCUGCGCAACAGGGAAGGAGGGAGUUGAGGCCCGGGGACAAGGGAUUGGACGAUGCAAGAUCAGACUUGCCCCCGGAUAGUGGAUUGUUCACGAUGAGUAUCCAGGAGGCGCGCUUCUUUCUGCAUAGGAGAGCGGGCGUCACCAUCUCCAGGAGCGGGAGACCGCAUCAGCGCUCCAAUGAGGAGGCCUCGCCGCCGCCCCCGCCGGAACAGACUCCGAUGCAACACCUCAUCGACUGUCUCGAGAGAGAGUUUCAAGACUGGGCAGAUCAGGUCGUCUAUCUCCCCACUACCUCCACGGCAGUCGGCGGAAGCCUCACCUCUCAACCGACCAUUCUCGUCGAGGCGAGUGACGACGGCACUGCCUCCACUGCAUCUCGUGCUCGAGUCGAGGAACAUCAGCGUCUACCUCAAUCUCUAGUCCUCUGCGUGCCAGACGCGUUCGAUCGUCUGGCGGUGCACUGUCUCGCAAGAGUCUGGGGUAUGAGGAGCUUUUCCAAGCCCGCGCCCAAUAGCGGUGAGGAAGGGACAAAGUUGACGUGGAUCUUGAAGCCUCCUCCGAGUAAGACGACGAUGCAGAAGAUGCGGGAAGAGCACAGGCAGAGACAGCGUGAGGGAGGCGCUCCCUUUGGUUCCCUUUCUGCACCGAAUCCUGCCGGAGCUAUGCCAGUCGGCAUCGUCUCCCGCUCGCAAGGAGGCCUCGAGACGCCGCCCACCACGGACGUUGGCACCAGUGCGAGCGAGCUGGGCGACUCGUCCGAUGAUGAUGACGGGUGGAGCGUGUCUGAGGCUGACGCUGCGGACGAGACGGCGGGGAAUGCCACGCUGCAGCCCAGCGAAGGCGACGCUACGCUGGACAUCGUUGCCGAGGAGGGAGACGAGGAGGACGUCAGCGUCAGACGAACAACCAGCCAGCUCGCGACGGUCACAAUCGCCGACGAGCAUGACGGCUAUGCUGGCAGCGGGGAGAGUGCGCCUGGUACAGACGACGAAGAAGCUUAUGACUAUGCUGCAGACGAUGACGACGGCAGUGCUCCAGCAUCACCGCGGCUGCACGCUGGAUAGACCUGUAGAUGAUCGCAAUGCAUAGAGAAGACGGUGCGGAACUGCACAAGGAUAUCAAAGGGAAG